AUGAGCUCGGAACUGUCAAUUGGAAAUGAAAUUAAAGAUGGUCAUAAGGAAACCUACAAGUGGGUUCUUAAUAACAUCAAAUGGCUAUCUGAAUUAGAAGCUUUUUACAGAGAUCGGGCCAAACUUGAGAAAGAGUACAGUAGUAAGCUCGCAAAUAUGACUGGGGAGUAUUUCAGUAAAAAGAGCGCUGGAACUGUUGCCCUGUCUGUAGGAGAUACCCCAACCACUACGCCCGGAUCCUUGGAGGCGGCUUCUUUGGUGGCAUGGAAUGAGAUUUUGUCCCAAACAGAAAAGGUAUCUCAAGAUCAUGCUCAAUUGGCACAGGAGUUAGAGUUUCAGGUGGCAGAUCCGAUUGUAGCCCUCAGUAAAAAAUGCGAAUUUCUGUUGACCACGAUUAAUGGUUUCAACACAGAACUGACCGAGAAGCGGGACCACGCUUAUGCGACUCUGGAGAAAGCAAAAAAGACAUACGACGAUAAAUGCGUUCAAAUGGAAAAUGCAAGAGCCAAACAGACAAAAUCGUCUAGCGAUAGAGCACAACGUAAGGCUGGCGAUAGGGAACAUGAAAUGAAUGUUGCGAAGAAUCACUACCUCAUCAAAAUCAACCAGGCCAAUCGAAUUAAAGACAAAUAUUACUUUCAGGAUGUGCCGGAGGCUUUGGAUCUUCUGCAAGAUCUGAACGAGUCUCGCACCCGGGUUCUAAACUCAAUCUGGAUUUCGGCCAGCACUGUGGAAAGAGACAUGUGCAAAAGAAUCGACUCUCGACUAGUCACUGCGGAUUCUGUAGUCUUACAAAACAAGUCCAAUCUAGACACCGCUAUGUUCAUUAAGCACAAUAUGAAAGAAUGGAAAGAGCCAGCCGACUUUCAAUAUACUCCCUCUUCUGUAUGGCACGAUGAUGAGCAAUUUGUGGUUUCAUCAAAUGGUGAAUUACAGGACUUGAAGGUAAGGCUAGCAAAAGCUCAGCAGGCUUACGAACAGAUGAACAAUUACGCAAAUUCAGAAAUUGGUGAAUUGACCUCCUUGAAUAAGCAAAAACAGGAAGCGAAAUCUCAAGACAGUCUCAAUGGUCAACAAGUUUUGGCACUGCUCUCCAAAUAUUCUAAAGUGAUUUCGUCCUACACGUCUCAUGAGACCGCCAAACUGGAGGCCGAGGUAGAGAUCGAAAGUAUUCAAAACAACGUUGCAAACGAACACGAUUUAAACACCGAUGACAUUGAUCUCGCAAAACUGGGUAAAAAGUCGGGAGUUUUCAAUAGAUUCAAAAAGAGCCUAACCAUAUCUUCGGAAAAAAAGCCAAGCCGCAGUGACAAGGCAGAUGCGUCCUCAGUAGUUUCUGCCGACUCUAAAGGGGGCCAUCACAAUCGCUUGUCUUUGUUUCGUGGUAGGGACCGUGCAGAAAGCGAUGUUUCAAGAAUGUCAGGGAGUGUUGAUACCCAUGAUGCUUCUGUAAUCGGGUCCGUAGAUCCCAAUAAGAACCGCGUUCUAUAUUCCUACCAAAAACAGGAUGUUGACGAAGUCAAUGUUACUGUCGGUGACAACAUCACGCUGUUAACGGCUGACUCCGGUACCGGAUGGACGAAGAUAAAAAAUGAGACCACAGGCAAUGCUGGUCUUGUUCCGACAUCUUACGUAGAGAUUCGUGAAAAAGCUCGCACGAACGCGCCACCUGCUCCUCUGCCAAGGAAAGCAGCUGCUAACCACACGAUGGAAGCCCUAUACAAUUACGAGGCUCAAGAAGAUGGUGAAUUGUCGAUUCUCGAAGGAGAUUUUGUUACAAUCCUUCGGGGUGACGACGGUAGCGGCUGGACUUACGGCGAGGUGCAUGGUCAAAAAGGUUUAUUUCCAACCAGUUAUUGCAAGUAG